AUGCCACGUAAGCUACGUAAGAAUAUACGUAAGAGGAAGGGAGCAUUGAAACAUCCAAUAGUAAAACUGACACCACAACAACAGUUGCAACAACAAAUGAUGAAUGACCCCACUAUGUUGCAACAAAUGUCAAGCAACCCUAUGCUUUUAAACCGAGUUAUUGGUGCACAGAGUGGAGGUUUAAGAGCGGCACUUUUAGCGAAAAUGGCAGGCUAUGGUGGAGCUGCAGACGGAACAGCUUAUAACCCUCAAAGUCAAAUGAAUUUGAGUUCACUCAAAAAUCAAAUAACAGAUGUCAAAAAGUCAAACAUAGACAUACAGAAACAAAUAAGUGAAAACGAAAAGAAACUAGAAUAUGACAGACACACAAAGAAACUCAAUGAGUUAAACGUAGAGAAAAAGAAGAAAGAAGAACAACUGAAAGAACUAAGUACAGAGGAAUAUGCGAAAAAAGUGUCAGAAAAAGCAGCAGAAGUAGCAAAAAUGGAACAAGAUGUUAUAAAUUUGAAAAACCAUACUACUCAAUAUAAAGUACUGAAAGAUGAAGAAAUAAAACAAAAAGCCCUGAAGACAUAUAUGGAUAGCGAUGAGUAUAAAAAAGAAGUUGAAGCAAAUGUAAAGGCAGAAAAACUUUUACAGUUGCAAAACCAAACCGUACAGUAUGAAAACUUAGCACAAGAAAGUAAAAAUAACGACGCAGCCAUGCAAAAGGCAAUGAAAAGCGCAGAAUAUAUAAAAGCUAAUAAUGACUGGUUAGAUGCCCAAGCCAACGCUAAAGCAGCCCAACUUAUAGGGUCAAUAAGGACAAAAAUACAAGCGGAUGAAGACAGUUCAAAUGAAGCUUUAAUGAAUGCUGACUUUAAGAACGCCUUCGAAGCUCUUCAUAGUAAGGUGAAACUAGUGAACGACUUCUCAUCUGGAAAGAAACUGAAGUCUGAAGGUUUCGACAACGAGUUAA